CUGAUGUGUGUGAAGCUUCCAAGUUCCAUUGGGGGUGGCCAUACCUCAAAAGUGUGCCCAGAGAAAGCCAGGCGCGUUCCCCACGGAAGGCUACAUUGAGGGUGGCCAGCCACACCGGUGCCCAGGUGGGCGUUUGACGACGUUUGACAACUGAUCUCACCAUUUCUCAGGGCGGCUCUGCUUGUGCUUUGGAUGGAGUAGCUCUCAUGAAGGCUGCUCUUUCACAACCGCACGCUAUCGAACUCUUCGCCUCUAGACGCGUCCCUUAACCACACAACAGCUGGUGGUGUUGGCUUAAUCCUUUUCUGUCCCACCGAGGAAGGAGGCCCAGUGCGACCGAAAAUGGUCGUUUGCAGGCUUGCAGCAUGCCAUACUACCCAUCCCAAGGACGUGCUGCAUACUGCAUGUAACAGGAUCGACAAUUCGACAAAACUCUCAUGGCCGGCAACAAUUGUCCAUUUGAGAGCUGACCAGUAACGCGUUCGGAUUUCCCGAUUUGACCAUGGCUGUGUCUAGUAGGGUCGCAACGGCGGUGCUUGUGCCGAUGCAUCGACGUUCGAUAUCACGCACACACACACACACCUCCCACACUUGCCCGCCGCGACAGACCAUCUCGCCAUGGGGGCACCCCCAUGUUGGAUCUGCACCACCAUCCAGUUACACAUGGCGGGUAUUUUCCCACCAUGGCGUUCACGAUCCAAAAGGUUCUUUGGAGAAGCAUAUCGAUGAUUGCCACAGGCGUGGUGAGCAACGCAACUGACCCUCCCUUACCCUGUCGCCCCCCACCAUCAAGAUGGCCUAGGCUUGUGCUAGAUGUAGGAUUCCCGCCAGUUUUUGAGAACUAGAACUUCGUCGAGACCUGCUAUACAUGCGAGGUUCUCUCCUGUGCUAUCUAGUUCGUGGCAGGCAAGAUAAGGUGCCGCCCAUCCCGCUGCCCACUCCUUUCCGCAGUAUGGUGCAUCAUCCGCCAUCCGACACACCCCCUUUCACCACACCCACGACCCGCCAUCUCACCGCUUUCCACCGGUCGAUGGCGAAACAGACAACCUCGUAUCUGUCAAAAGUUCGAGCACCAGCCUACUUGGCAUAAAAAGGUGCCAUGGCCUCUCACCAGGCCUUGGUGCUAGGGCUUUCUUCACGGUGGUCUUGGGCUCUUGUCGGCGUGGUUGGCUCUGGUCUCAUCAACCCGGGCAUCGUGCUUGUCAAUUUUUUCACCCCUUCCAGAAAGCUGCCCCUGAGUCAUUUCCAGCUUCCUCUCAAUGUCGCCGGCACAGCCUAUCAAGUUCAAGCCCCGUCCUGACCGCUUGUUGGAGGCAUCAACAUUCGUCUCCAACUCGUACCUAUCCUCGUCGCCCAUUGCGCAAGAAAUCCUAGCUAGGGACCUUGCAGAAUGCUGCGAUGACUACGGAACCCACGACUGCCGCUGUGGGCACGACUAUGACGAUGAUGUCGACUUUGAGACCGAGCCCCUGGAGGUGACCAACGCCCAAGGCUCAUCCUUUGCACCGAGAUCUAGUGGUGUAGCCUAUGGCACCUUGAGACCCAUCAUCACGACUGAGACAGCUGCAAGCUCAGAUGUCGCACUCUCUCGUGAUGCCGAGAGGAGUCUACUUCGGGACAACCAUAUCCUCCCUCCCAAGCAUCGUCGAGGACUUGCCGAGCCAGCCUGGAAGCAGAUGUAUCGGCGGAUGUUCAGUACCAAAGUACCUCAGAGCGAUGAGGUCGGCCCUAUCAUUUCGGCAUCCUCCACAAAAGCCCUCGAGAGCACACCUCUGCUGCAAGACAUCUACCUGGACCCGCCGUCCCCUACCGAGAGCGACGAGAUCAACCGAUGGGAAGCGGCGGUAGCUGCCAAUGUCCUCAAAACAACGUGGCAGCGCGAAGCCCAAACUCUCACACAAUACUCGAGGUCGUUGAUCAUCACAUUCCUUCUACACUACUCGGUCACUGUCACAAGUGUUUUCACUGUGGGCCGCAUUGGUCGUCUGGAACUUGGAGCCGUCAGUCUCGCCACCAUGACCGCCAACAUCACCUGCUACGCCCCAGUUCAAGGCCUCUCAACUUGCCUGGAUACGCUCUGUGCCCAAGCCUAUGGAUCUGGCCACAAACACUUGGUCGGACUGCAGCUUCAGAGAAUGACAUAUCUGUUGUGGAUGCUGCUAGUUCCUAUUGUUACCCUGUGGUGGUUUUCAGGAAGCGUGCUAGCCUCGAUCAUUCCGGAGCCCGAGACAGCUGCGCUGGCGGGGCUGUACCUCCGGGUGCUGAUUCUCGGGACACCUGGCGUUGCGGCAUUCGAGAGCGGCAAGCGCUUCGUGCAGGCUCAGGGUCUGUUUCACGCAACAACUUUUGUUCUUCUCAUUGGCGCUUCAGUCAACAUCUUUGCCAACUGGUUCUUUGUAUGGAAAAUGGGAUGGGGGUUCACGGGCGCUGCAACAGCCGUCGUCUUCACGCAGAAUCUUCUUCCAUUCCUGCUUUUCCUCUAUGUUCGGUUCAUUGAAGGCAUGGAGUGCUGGAAUGGGCUCACUCGACGAGCUUUCAGCAACUGGGGGCCAAUGGUCAAGCUUGCUCUUCCUGGAAUGAUCAUGGUUGAAGCGCAGUAUUUUGCCUUUGAGGUCCUCACACUGGCAGCCAGUCAAUUCGGCAGUGCUCAUCUUGCCGCACAGAGCGUCGUUGUCACGGUGACGUCCACGACAUUCAACAUCCCCUUUCCACUUUCCAUCGCGGCCUCAACACGCGUGGCAAACCUUAUCGGGGCCAGAUUAAGUGGCGCUGCGAAGACCAGCGCAAAAGUGGCACUCGUGGCUGGAUGUCUGGUGGGACUGUUCAACCUCACCCUGCUCAGCAGCCUCCGAUUCAAGAUACCGUACCUCUUUACAAAUGACGAAGAGGUUGCAGCCAUCGUGUCAGAAGUGCUACCCAUAUGCGCUGUCCUGCAACUCUUUGACGCCCUGGCAGCAAUAUCACACGGCCUUCUCAGAGGUAUCGGGAGGCAGAGCAUUGGUAGCUUCACCAACUUGGGUUCAUACUAUCUCGUGGCGCUGCCUAUCUCGUUCUCGACUGGAUGGGUUCUUGGAUGGAAACUGGAGGGGCUCUGGUUCGGCAUUGCCAUUGGCCUAGCAGUUGUUUCGAGCGUGGAGCUCUGGUACCUGUACCAGGCUAAUUGGGACCAUGCUGUGGAAGAGGCGGAGAUGAGAAUGCGUUCGGAUGAUGUCUGUCAUGGGGAGUUUAAAUGA